AUGGGCUCUAAGACACCUGAUCAAGAGAGACAGUCGAACGGCAAUGAGUCGUCCGGCUCAAGCAAAGCCACUUCAGCUGGCGGAGAACCACUCGGCGCCCAUCUUUCCCGAGAUGGAGAUGGCAGCCUGGGAGAUGGAGGCGAUGGCGGGGAUGAUGAGGAUGGCGAUGCCACCCUAAGCGGGCCGGAUGGCGCUGUUGACCCCGAGGCAACAGCACAGCCAGCAUCAGCCAAUGCCUCCCAAAAGAAGAAACGAAAGAAGUCGAAAAAGAAGAAGACUUCUGGACCGAAACAGUCGUCUCCACCCCGGAUUCCUCUGACCAAGCUCUUUCCCACUGGCAAAUACCCAGUGGGCGAAAUUCAAAGCUACGUUCAAGUUGAUAACACGGCUCGGACUACUGCUGAGGAAACUCGCCUCAAGUUUCGUACUCAGCUCGAAGACCCAGACUUCCUUGAGCCCUACCGCAAAGCAGCUGAGAUUCAUCGUCAGGUCAGACGUCACACACAGGAGUCUGUUCGGCCCGGUCAGACCCUCACUGAGAUUGCCUUGGGUAUCGAGGAUGGCGUGCGAGCGCUCCUGGAUAAUCCUGGCCUCGAACAGGGCAGCUGUUUGAUAUCUGGAAUGGGAUUUCCGACAGGACUCGCGCUCAAUAAUUGUGUUGCACAUUACACCCCUAAUCCCGGUCAAAAGGAGAUUGCUUUGAAAUCGAGCGAUGUGAUGAAAGUUGACUUCGGCGUCCAUAUCAAUGGAUGGAUUGUCGAUAGUGCUUUCACAAUGUCGUUUGACCCCACCUAUGACAAUCUUCUGACCGCGGUGAAGGAGUCGACCAACACCGGUAUCAAGGCUUCUGGGAUCGAUGUUCGCAUUAGCGAUAUCAGUGCCGCUAUCCAGGAAGUGAUGGAAAGCUAUGAGGUCGAGAUCAACGGUAAAACGUUCCCUGUGAAGCCAGUGAGAAGUAUCUCUGGACACAACAUCAAACGCUGGGAAAUCCACGGUGGAAAAUCGAUUCCGUUUGUCAAGAACAAUGACCAGACCAAAAUGGAGGAGGGAGAAAUCUUUGCUCUUGAAACCUUUGGAUCAACGGGCCGCGGCCGUACAGUGGAAGGCUCCGGAGUCUAUGGAUAUGGAAAGGAUCCUUCUGCGCCAAGCAGAAUCUCGGCCCCUCUCACCAGCGCCCGGACGCUUUACAAGACAAUCAAUGAUAAUUUCAAUUCGAUUGUCUUUGCCCGCCGCUACCUGGAGCGCUUGGGUGUUGAGCGGUACUUGGCCGGUAUGAAUUAUCUUGUGUCCCAGGGAGUGGUGGAAUCUUACCCUCCUCUCAUGGAUAUCGAGGGGUCAUACUCGGCCCAAUUCGAGCAUACAUUCUUGUUGCGAGAAAACGGCAAGGAGAUCAUCAGUCGCGGUGACGACUACUAA